CCACCCCUCCCCCUACCAAGGCCAUCUCUGGCUGCUGUGCUGUUGACUUUGGAAGGAGUUGACGCCAGCCGAGUGCAUUAAAUAGCGGCGGUGACGCCCUGCGCAAGAGAGGAGAGAGAGGGAGAGGCAGCCAGAGGCACGCGUUCUCUGGGUCUGCUCGGCCGCGGUGACAGGCUCGCAAUGGCCACCUCUUUCCACCUGCUGCUGAUGAGCGCAUGCGUAGUACUGGGGGCGCACGGCUUUGCAAGCAGGAGAUUGAUGACAGAAGUUGGUUCAGGGUUCACGGUGCGCAUGUACGUGGAUGGAGACCGGAGUGAGCGCGUGCACGGCGAGGGAGUGAAAGUCAUGUGCUCCGUGACGGGCCCGACGAGCACCGUCCUCGUGUGGCACCACCCAGACAGCGUGGCAGGGCGAGUGACCACAGGUGCCAGGAAGGAACAGGAGGUGGAGGAGGAAGGCGUCAUCAAGAGCAAGGUGGAGGAGAUCCUGCAGGUGGAGAAGCUGAGCCUCGGGGAUGGAGGAGCCUACGGGUGCCACGUCCUGGACCACAAUGACCUCAAGGGCAACGUCGAUAUCGUCGUGCGAGAACACAUCGACAUCCCAGACCGAUGUGAGGAGGGAAAUCUGGAUGCUGUUGCCAGCUCCUUAGAUGGGAUCACGUACAUCUUCAAAGGCCCCGUCUACUGGAAGAACUUCGGGCCCAAUGCUUCCAUGGGGUUCAUCGAUACGGACUGGAAGAUCCCGAACGGCUCGAUUAGCGCGGCCUUCAGGCGGCACUCGAAGAGCGAUGAACAUCACCACAAGACCUACAUCUUCAAGGGCGGUGAAGUAUGGCGCUACGUGGGGAUGACGCUGGAGCCUGGCUUCCCAAUGGCCAUCUCGGCCGCGUUCCCAGGGGCUCCGGCCUCGCCCGACGCCGUGGUCGAGUGUCCCGCCGAGGACUGCCGCUCCGACUCUGUGCUCUUCUUUAAAGGUGGCGAGGUGCUCGCAUGCGACCUCUUCGCGGGCGCGUGCAAGCAGCGUUCCUUCCCAGCCCUCCCCACCUGCUCCGCAGCCACUCGCUGGCUCGGCCGCUACUACUGCUUCCACGGACACGAGUUCUACCGCUUUGAGCCCACCACGGGCCUCGUGCCGCCCGGCUACCCCCGCGACGCCAGAGUCUACUUCCACCACUGCCCGGACCACGUGCACAAGAAGGGGAGUAGCCGCGACCCGUGCCACGACACCAACGGAUGCAGCGGUCGCGCCCUGGACGCCCUCUCCGUGGGCCCCGACGGGAGGAGCUUCGCCUUCCGAGGAGCGUGGUUCUGGAGGCUGGACACCAGGCGGGACGGAAUGCAUCCAUUCCGGAUCAUAGACUCGUGGCCCGGAACUCCUCCCAACCCAGACUCGGCCUUCGAGUGGAACUCAAACAUGGUGUUCACCAAGGGCGAGCUGGUGUGGAUAUUUAAGGGCGAGGGAUCCUUCGUGCUGCUCUCCGGGUUCCCAAAGCCGAUCUCCACCGAGUUCCCUGGGCUCCCUGCACCCUGGGACGCGGCAUUCAUCUGCAGCGCUCACCCCAACACCCUGACCGUCACCAAGGGUGGAGACGUGUGGAUGUACGAGCUGACCUCGCGGGCCGUCACCUGUCGGGGCACGGUGCCAGGCCUGCUGGGCGGGAACUCGGUGAGCGCGGCAUCGUGCUCGCACGACUCUGUGUCGCUCGCGCUGGGGGACGAGCUGAUCUCGCUGACGCACAGUGGGACGCGUCCAGCCGAGCCUCACUGCGGCCUUGCUUUGGCCCCUGGUGCAGGCACGGGCUCCGUGGCCAAGGAGCUAUUCCACUGCCCUGCGGACGCGGCGAGGUGCCCGACCCCCGUGGGCACGGCAUGAUUUAGCGAAAUGAACCUUAUGGCGGGACCCCGGGGUCCCGAAUAAACGGAAGUCAAAAUCGUAAUUCAUUCAUUUAUUUUUGGCGACUCCGUCCCACAGCGCACAUAAACGCCACCACCCACCAGAAAUCAAUCCUCUCCUCGUUCUUCACUAAGCACCUGUCGUUGCCAACAUUGCCGUAGUCAUAAACAAAACUUUGAAACUUUGAUUAGCACAUCGUGUAGAGCUCGUCGAGAGGAACAGAUUGCCGUAUCGUUCACCUUCAACAGAAAUAAAAUGACGUCGCAAUGCAGUUUAUGUGAGAGCCGGGGCUUAUGGGACCCCGGGGUUCCGCCAUGAGGUUCAUAUGGCGACAUUGGGUGCCGCCUUCAGAGUGAUUUCGUCAGAGACAAUCAUGUCAGCCACCAGAGAGUCAUCAUCAAUUACCAGCGGCACUCCCAGGAACACAGUAAUUACCACCAGUAUUACAUCAUCCUCAACGACACCAGCAGUAGUAUCUGCAUCACAAUCCCUCAGCAGCAACAGAACGGGCAUCAUCACUGUGAUCUCCGUUGACAUCACCACUACCAUCACAUCCACCACCAUAACUUGAAUUAUAUGGCCACUGAAUGGCGUUUUUUGCAGACAAUACAAGGAUUCAAUGGCAGGAUAGGGUAAACGACUCGGGAAUUUUGAAUACGUGGUCAGGAUUUAUAAUAACGCUCUCCCUCCCACCGGAUCACCACUCGUCAAUCUCACGCUCCCCAUGAGCCACUCUCACACACUGCUUCUAACUUGCGAUGUCUGUACGCACAUGCAUGUAUAUCCAUUGUGUGGGAUAGUUUAUUAUCAUUAAACGCUUUUCAUUGUCAUAAUAGAUAGAUAGAUAUUUGUUUGUUCUUUGCAUUCGUGUGACUAAAGCACACAAAAUAAAAUGCACACUUGCUUUACAAAUUA